UUCUCGUGUUACUAAUUACGAUUUGUUUACAAAAUAGAAAUUUACAAAGCAAAAUACUUAAAUAACUUAACAUGAGUUUUAGAGGCUAUAAAGAGAAAAUUGAAGACGGCGAUGUGGUUAUUCUGUAUCUAAGUAAUAAUCUUCACGCCAUUGAAGUGUGUACAGAAAUUAAAAACAAAAAAGGUGAAAUGGUAGAAAAUGUUUACCAAACAACGUUUGGUGCUCUCAAAGUAAAAAAUUUAAUUGGAAUUGAGUAUGGGAGCAGGGUAGAAUUAUCAAAAGGCUGGGGCCAUGUUAUUCAGCCAACACCAGAGCUUUGGUCACUAACACUUCCGCAUCGAACACAAAUAAUAUACACACCAGACAUUAGCAUGAUUCUAUUGCAAUUAGAUUUAGUACCGGGAUCUAUUGUUGUUGAAGCAGGUACUGGCAGUGGAUCUUUAACUCAUGCUUUAAUUAGACGAGUAAAACCGAAUGGGCAUGUUUAUACAUUUGACUUCCAUGACCACCGUGCUAAACUUGCCCAGGAGGAGUUUGAGUCACAUGGCAUAGCAGAUUAUGUAACGGUCCAACACAGAGAUGUGCUAGAAAAAGGAUUUAGUGAACAAGUAACUGGACGCGCUGAUGCGGUGUUUUUGGACCUACCUAAACCAUGGGAUGGAGUCCCACAUGCUGUGGACGCUAUAAAAGCUCAAGGUGGACGUUUCUGCUCAUUCUCGCCGUGCAUCGAGCAGGUCCAGAGAACGUGUGAGGCGCUAACUCAGCAUGGUUUCCAGGACAUCAGUACCAUGGAGGUGCUGCAGACGGAGCUGAAAGUUAGCAGGAGGACAGUGCCUGUGCGGGAUUUGACCUUCUUGAAGCACAAGAGCUGUGACAACCCAGUAGAAGAGAAACCCUCAAGCGACAAAAGCUACGUGGUAGGAGCCUGGCCAGCGACCACGCCCGGGCACACAGGAUACUUAACUGUUGCCACACUGCCUCCAGCGUUUCUUAGGCGAAAGUUGCCAGUCACUGAAGCUGAGAAUGGUAAAAGUGUAUCCACAGAGAUUGAGAUGAAGAGCGACUCUGACAGCGAAGAAGAUAAGUUAGUCGUGGACGAAAGUGUAUUAUGAUUAGUAUUAUAAAUUAAUAAAUGCUAAUCAUUG